AUGUCAUUCUGGGCGGUUAGCCGCGGUCUGACGCCGCCAGGUGGCGCUAAGGUGGCACCCAAAUUGAAUCCCAAUCAACGACAAUUUCUAGAGGAUGAGGUGCGAUAUCGUGAAAAACUAAAGAUCCUGGAGGGUGGACAGGCCAUGGAUGAUGUGUAUGUGCGUAAACCGGACACAGUGGAUGAUCCACUGGAGCUGGACAAGCACGAUGCUUUCUACAACACCACCAAGAGUCUGCUUGUGUUGUUUCAAAUCAUGGGCGUAAUGCCCAUACACAGGAAUCCACCCAUCAAGAACUUGCCACGCACUGAGUAUUCUUGGACCUCGAAGCAGGUGAUGUGGGCCAUUUUCACCUACAGCUGCCAGACGACGGUUGUCGUCCUGGUGCUGCGAGAGCGGGUCAAGAAGUUCAUCACAAGUCCCGACAAGCGCUUCGACGAGGCCAUCUACAAUGUCAUCUUUAUCAGUUUGCUCUUCACCAACUUUCUCCUGCCCGUUGCCAGCUGGCGACACGGACCUCAGGUUGCCAUCUUUAAGAACAUGUGGACCAACUAUCAGUAUAAAUUCUACAAGACGACAGGCUCUUCAAUUGUAUUUCCCAAUCUCUAUGUGCUGACGUAUGCACUGUGCAUCUUCUCCUGGUUGCUCAGCAUAGCCAUCAAUCUCUCUCAGUAUUUUCUUCAGCCCGACUUUAGUUUGUGGUACACUUUUGCCUAUUAUCCCAUUAUUGCCAUGUUGAAUUGCUUUUGCAGCUUGUGGUAUAUUAAUUGCAAUGCCUUUGGCACUGCAAGUCGUGCUUUAUCCGAUGCACUACAGCAAACACUUCGCGAUGGCAAACCUGCCCAGAAGUUGACCGAAUAUCGUCAUUUGUGGGUCGAUCUCAGUCACAUGAUGCAGCAAUUGGGACGUGCUUACUCCAACAUGUAUGGCAUGUAUUGUCUGGUCAUUUUCUUCACCAGCAUCAUUGCCACUUAUGGCAGCAUCAGUGAGAUUAUUGAUCAUGGCGCCACCUACAAGGAAGUGGGACUUUUUGUCAUCGUUUUCUACUGCAUGUGUUUACUGUACAUCAUCUGCAAUGAGGCUCAUUAUGCAUCCCGCAAGGUGGGCCUUGACUUUCAGACAAAGUUGCUCAACAUCAAUCUCACGGCUGUGGAUACGGCUACACAGAAGGAGGUGGACAUGCUUCUGGUUGCCAUCAACAAGAAUCCCCCUAUCAUGAAUCUCGAUGGAUAUGCCAACAUCAAUCGCGAACUUAUCACCACUAAUAUUUCCUUUAUGGCCACCUACUUGGUCGUCCUACUGCAGUUCAAGAUCACGGAACAGAGACGAUCUCAGACGCCUUAG